AGUGUCAGAGAGAUGUCAGCUGCUUCUGUACAGGACCAAUAAAUGCCUGUAUCUGCAUUCAUUUUGUUUGUGCACGAAUCAAAAAAACAAUGUGCCAUCAAUUAAAAAUAAACAUGACCACGAUUAAAAGAAAACAAGAGAAUGAAUUAGAAAAUCGUUAUCACAAAUUAAAAAACAUACCCACGAAGUAAAGAAAAUGUGGGCACGAAUAAAAGAAAAGAAGAGAACAAAUUGUUAAUCAAGGGAAUGAAUUAAGAAAUUGUGACCAUGAAUAAAAGAAAACAUGCAAAAUGUUCACUCGAAUUAAUUAUUUUAUUUAUUUAUUUAUUUUAUUUUAUACCUCCGUCCCCUCCAGAGCUCUCUAGUUUUUAGUCUAUAUCUAGGUUUUUUGCUUGAAUCCAAGCUCUGAGCCUGAUGAGUGCCCUUCCAACAUUGUCAGUGACUUAUACUUUUUGAACCCUUAUUUUAAAACUCCAUUUUUCUUAAAAAUGGCUUACUGGCUAUUAAACGUCACUGAGAGCUAAAAGUUAUUUUUGUUUGUUUAUUGUCUUAAAGAUAAUUUUAGGAUUUUUUUUAGGGACCAGGUUUAGGCUAAUGGAUUUAGAUGCUAUAAAUAUUACAUACAUUUUAUAUUAUAUCAUUUAGAAAAAGAAUAAUAUCAUUGUGGUGUGACCACCUGUAGUUAGACUUCGACAUUGUAAGCAGCUUAAUUGACUGAUGUAGUUUACUUGCAUCUUUUGGCAAUGGUACAGCAAAGUUUAAGCCUUAGUGCUGGACAAACGGGGAAUAUACUUUUAAUGCAUAGUUAAUUUGUGAAAGUGGGCCAAUCAUGCUUUGAUUUUAUAGAGCUAACCAGGUUUGAUAAUGGAUCGGACCAGAAGCCAGCAGCUGAGCCCAUGCAAACCACAUGAUUAUGUAAGAUAUUAAUGACACAGUGGUUAAGCAAGCUGAUUAACCAUUUAUUUGACCUAACACAUGAAAAUUGUUAGCGAAGAACAGUCGGAAGUAAGAUUUUUUUGUGGUGAAGUAAACUUAUAAUUUUAACACGUUGGACUACUCUGUACUGCUUACUGUUUCUCUUACAUUUUUUUGUUUUAGUUUAAAUGUAAUAGACAAGACUCAAGAUACUGUUUUUAGGUUUGAAGAAAAAUGUAAAUUUCUCAAUAUUUCCAUUGGAUAUCAUGCAGUCAUGGUCCUUUUCGAAAGUUUGUUUUGGCGGCAUCCAGAUGUUCACUGAUGAGUGGGUUAAUUACAUGAACUCUGUAUCCAGUAUUUGCAGAUGGGCACGGAAAUACACACAUAUACAACUGUUCAUAUCAUUAUUUAUUAUAACUUAAAUAAUAGUUGAUUAUAUAUUUCCUCAGACUUUGAGUGUGUGUAGGUAUUAAUCUUUCACAUUGUCUUCAAAUCUUUGAUUAUAUUUUAUUUUUCCCUCAGUACUGUCUUGUUUUCUUUUAAUUAUUUAUUAUACUCCAUGGAUUCAUGUCACAAAUUUUUUACUGUUGCGUUUUCAUAGUUUGACCAUUCCAACCGUUUGUAGUAGUCCAGGCUGAAGCCCAGUUCCCUGUGUGCUGUAUCUUAUGAUAGAAUGUGCAACUGUAGCACUCUUGUUGAAAUACAGCUUUUAUAUGGCUUCGACAGACUACGCUGGACAGUGCUUGUGAGAGACCUAUGAAUAAAUCAAUGAGCAGCAGACUAACAAAAGCAAUAUCAAAGUGGAAAGCUACAUUAACCCUCGAGAGCAUCCACUGUAACAAGAAUACGCAAGCUAUGUGGACUACAAUGAGAGCAAGAGGGCUGCAGUUGUGAAGUUGGAACCAUUGAUUGUAUACAUAACGUGUACCCUCAAUGUUUAAAACAUGCAGCCACUGUUGCUCUAGCUGGAUGUCCGUGAUCAACAUCGGAAACUGCGUUCACCCUGUGGAAAUCGCAUGAUUUUCAGAUCUGUAACAUGGUUGCAGUACUUGACGUUAUCAGCAAUUUGGAGAAAUACCCAAUCACCAAAGAAGCACUUGAGGAAACUCGCCUAGGAAAACUUAUAAAUGAUGUAAGGAAAAAGACAAAGGAUGAAGAACUUGCAAAGCGUGCCAAGAAACUCCUUCGAAACUGGCAAAAGUUAAUUGAGCCUAGCCAGAGUGACACUCUAUCUCGAGGACUGCAAGGUGGCCCAGGAUCUGCCAAUGGUGGUUCUCAUCUCUGCCGCACAGAUCUAUCUGCACCACAAUCAGCUAAGAUUGCUCCAGAACUUAAAAUCAGACAUGACAUCCAUAAUACUUACUCACCUAUGGCAGAAAAAUCAAAAACCCGAAAACACAGGGACCAAAGGGAUAGUCAGAAUCUGCCAACUAAAAUGUAUAAAACAUUCACACCUGGAAAUAUGUUUUCUUCUACCCCACUGUUAAAUGGUGUUAGUGGCAGCCCUGAGGCUCUCCUGGAAAACCAAGAUGAUACACCUUCUGAUAGUAACCAACCAGAGCAUCUUGAGAACGACAGACAAAACAAAAUCCCUAUCAAUGCUGUUAAGCCUCAUCCAAGCUCCCCUGGCCUUACCAAGCUUCCUAGCACUUCCUCCUUACUUAAAACUUCAGUGUUACAGCAGCAAGCAAGAAUAGUUGGAGAUGGAGCUGAGAAACAUCAACCCAGUAGCCCCCAAAUCUCAUCAUUAAGUCCAUGUAACGUCACACAAGAUACAGUGACUAAGAGGUCUUCAGCAUAUGCACCAAAAGGAACUCUCCUGAGCCCAUCUCAGAAUUCUGCCCAAGUGCCCUCUCUUCUGCCUUUAACAUCCCCAACGCAAGUGUCUCAUGCCGACGGUCACUCACCCCUUGAGCUGGAGGAAUGUGUGUCCUUACACAGAUCAACAGAGAGAACCUCUCAGUCCCUGCACAGCAGUACAACACAUGAGCCUUCAGGGCUGCACAGGCACAGUUUCUCAUCUGAGGCUACUAAGGAUGGGCCAGAAGGAGUAACCUCUAACAAAAAAAGAAAGAAGUACAGGUCCAGAGACUAUACAGUAAAUCUUCAAGGGCAGUCCUCAGAGGACAGGACAAAGCCUGUGCGAUUAAAAGAACGAAGAUUGACAUUUGACCCAGUGACCGGACAGAUCAAGCCCCUCACUCCAAAGGAAUCUCACCAUGACGAGGAGUGCCAGAGACCACCUAUUUUUGAAACUGCAAGGACUGAGUUACCUCAGCAGAGGCAAUCUGUAACAGCACCCAGUCCUUUCCAGCAGACAAACUGGAAAGAGCUGUCCAGAAAUGAAAUCAUUCAAUCUUACCUUAGCCUUCAGAGCAAUGUUCUAACUUCGUCUGGAGCACAGACCCAUGGAGCACAUUUUUUCAUGACUGAAUAUUUGAAACGAGAAGAGGGUGAUGUUCGGGAACCCAGAAAGACACAUGUUUUAGUACCAAGUGACUCUAACUCGGAACUCCCUGGGGUGAGUCGAGAGGUGAUGCUUGAGGACCUACACAGAAUACAUAUGGAGCACUGGCCAGGGGUAAAUGGUUGUUAUGAUACCAAGGACAACUGGUAUGAUUGGACAGAGUGUAUAUCUUUGGAUUCUCAUGGUGAUGAGACCAAAUUAAAUAUCCUGCCAUAUGUCUACCUAGACUGAGAAAACAGCAGCUGUGAUGGCUUUACAUAAAGUUUAUCACCCCCACUGUGAGUUUAGUGACAGAUUUUUCUGUCCUUAAUUUUCCAGACUUGCAUACGUUUUCUGUUAGGUCACAUGAAAAAGGGGGCUUUUUUAAUAAAAAGAUAAAAUAUGUCCUGUUUGUAAUGUGCUGCUACCAACAAUAAUUUGCAAAGAAGAGUUGUAAAUAAUAGCUCAGUGAUAUUUUCUGGGCGAGUUACUGCACAAUGUGUGUAUAGGAGGAGUCAGAGCAAGCACUAAGCAGUGCAGAUAGGGUUGUGAAAGCAAGACGAAAACUUGUUUGGCAGUUGCAAAGAGCUUUAUGUGACAGAAUAAAUUAUACUUUUUUUUAUCUUGUA